AUGGGCGCUGUACUGAGCUGCUGUUUCGGCAGUGGAAGCUCAGAGGGAGAGCCUCUACUUCAAGACGCCCAAAAAGGUUAUGGUUCAUAUGGUCCAGACGAUGAUGACCUCAUGCAAAGGAAGUUAGAGGAGGAAGAGCGCAAGCUGCUGGCCCGAGAGCAAGAGCUUGCUGAAAUAGUAAUCAGUACAAAUGACAAGCUGAUAGACAUAUCGAUGAUGAGCAACAGUGGCAUCGUUAUUCAAAGCCACGAUUUGGGGGAUGCAGCCAGCGAUGACAAAAACUUCAAACAAAGGACGAACAACGACAAAGAGCUCUUGAAGAGUUUGGGUCCUGGAAACCUAACAAGCGAGCAGCGUAAAGAACUAAAGACCGUAUACACUGCCUUUUUCCAAAAUUUAGAGAAGCAGCUGGAGCUGCAUAACACGAAAGAACUUAUCGUCAACCUGUAG